AUCUCUUCCAUUCUCCUCUCAUCCUUCUCUUUCAAUAACGAAGCUAUCUGCUUAUUACUUGAAACAUACCCAAUAACGAUGUUCCCUAGCAUGUUUAUCUGUUCAUCACGAUCCAAUCCCAGGAAGAAGAAAAGCAACCGGAGUAGCCCGGAACCCGAAGCCAAAGACAUGCGGUUCUGGUACUCCGUUUCGGUCAAUAGAGAUCCGACCCAUAACCAAACCAAGCUCUCUUUGAGAUCCGAGAACAACACCUCCCACCGUCACAGUGGUAACGGAGAGUUGAAGACGAGGAGAAAAGGAGAAAUGGCGAACAAAGUCUCGAAUCUCUCUGAUCUGAUACAGCGCGUGGCAGCUUCCUGCUUGCUGCAUCCUCUAGUCACCGGGAAGCACGAAUCCGGCGAUGCUACCAGAAGUCCUGCUGUGAACAACAUCGGAGACAAGGGAGAAUAUGCGUACAGCUCCGAAGAAGAGGAAGAAGGAGAAGAGAGGGUUGCGGUUUGGAAGGAAAGAGAGGAGGUGAGCGUGGAGAGAGUGUUGGAGAUGGGAGCGUUAAUGGAGGAGGUGUUCGAUGCAGUUUCGGCGAUGAAGCGAGCAUACGCUGGGUUACAGGAUGCUCAUUGCCCUUGGGACCCGGAGCGAAUGAGGGUUGCUGACGUCGCAGUAGUGGCGGAGCUAAGGAAGAUUGGAGUUCUGCGUGAGAGAUUCCGGCGGAGUUGCAGCUUCGCUAUCGGCCGGAAAGGCGGAGGCGGCGGCAGAGGAAUGUUGAGAGAGUUGGUGGCGCCGUACGAAGCAGCUGUGGAGGAGCUGAAGAUGGAGGUGAAGGCGAAAGAGGUGGAGAUUCAGAAUUUGAAGGAGAAACUGAUGACUGUAACAACUCUUAGCAAUGUCGGUGGUGGCAAGAAGGGCAAGUCUCUUUCCAGGAGAAAAAUCAUUUGCAGUCAAGUUGCAGCAGCGCCAAUGCCAGAGCUAUUUGAAGUAACGAUGACUCAGGUGAAGGAGGCAUUGAGGUCAUUUACAUCACUGCUGCUCUCCCUCAUGCGAGCUGCUCAUUGGGACAUUUCUGCCGCAGUUCGCUCCAUUGAAGUUGCUGCAGCCGUUAAUGAUAAUAGCAAUCAUAACUAUGUAACAUCUGUUAUUCCCUCGGCUGUUGCAACUCAGCAUGCAAAGUAUGCGCUCGAGUCUUACGUUUCUCGCAAAAUCUUCCAAGGAUUUGAUCACGAGACAUUUUACAUGGAUGGCAGUCUGUCCUCGCUACUAAACCCAGAUCAGUAUCGCAGAGAUUGUUUCACUCAGUUCCGGGACAUGAAGGCCAUGGACCCUGUUGAGCUGCUUGGGAUCUUGCCCACUUGCCACUUCGGGAAAUUCUGCACCAAGAAGUACUUAGCCAUAGUUCAUCCCAAGAUGGAGGAAUCUUUGUUUGGAGACUUGGAGCAGCACCGUCUGGUUUUGGCUGGAAAUCAUCCCAGAACUCAGUUUUAUGGUGAGUUCUUAGGGUUGGCCAAGGCAAUCUGGUUACUCCACUUGCUGGCAUUCUCACUUGACCCUGCGCCAAGUCAGUUUGAGGCAAGUAGAGGAGCUGAGUUGCAUCCACAGUAUAUGGAGAGUGUCAUCAAAUUUUCCAGCGGCCAGUUGCCUGCAGGUCAAGUUGUCGGGUUCCCUGUCACUCCCGGAUUCAAGCUAGGGACCGGAUCGGUUGUCAAGGCUAGGGUUUACUUGGUGUCAAGAACGUAGUAUAAGUGAGUUAAUUCUCCAGAGAUGUUAGGUGUUUAGUUGUAGAAAACUGCUUUGGGUAUUUAUUUUCUAAAUUUAUGCCUUUGAAUCCUAAAAUAUGUGUAGUUGUUAAAAAUGGAGAUAAUAUUGAAAAAUGACAAUGAAAAAAUGCCUGGAGUUUGAAAAGACCAUUUUUUUUUCAAACUCAAGACAUAUUUUCACUGUCAUUUUUUAAAUUUUAUUUUCACUUUUAACAACAAUAGAUGUUUUGGUGUACAAAAAGCAUAUAUAAUUUAGAAAAUAAAAACUCUAGAUAAUUCUCUACUAAUAAACAGAGUCCAAGGUUUCUGCUGUUCAGGGUUGAAACUUAGUUAGGGACUCUUAAAAAGUUAGGCUGCUGAUGUUGUUUAGGGUUCACUAAUGUUCAAGCUUGUACGUAAUUUCAACAUCUGCAACUCCAGAAUUUCGGAAAACCCUGUAGAGGAUUUCUUGACUGACCCAAA